CAGACUUUAGUGUGCUUCAAGUCGCACGCGCAGAGCCAUUGCUCUCCGUAUAUAUUUUUCUUGAAUACUUAUUCGUGCGGUAGGAACGGCGUUGAUAUAAUCUAAGGUAAACCAGAGACGUGAGUCAAAACUACAGUCGAGAUCAGCGCAAACAUGAAAGCCAGGGCAGCUUUGUUUGCACUGCUGGCGGUCGGUCUUCUCGUGGGGGACGUCGACGCUGGUUGGAAGUUUUGGAAGUCCAGUAAGAAGGAUGAAGCUACAACCACGACAACAACCACUACCAUCGCUCCGCCAACCACUAGUCAACGCACUCCGACAAAUCCAAAGAAUGCCGUAUUAGGUGCAGCAGAUCCAGGACUCGCAAUUGGCGUUGGUAGCACCGGAACCAAUAUCAGGAACAAUGCACGACCGAGCAAACCAAACCCCGGAACUGAGGUUGGCCUCGAUAUACCAGUGUCAAAACCAAAUAAACCAGGAAUCGGAGGUCAGGGAGGACAAGGCUACAGAGACUGGGCAGUAGGAUUAACGGGAGCUGGUGAACCCGGAAAGCCUGGGUCACAACUGCCGAAUCAAGGAUCAGCACAACAACCAGCUCCGAACUCCGGAAGUAGACCUGGUACUACAACGGGAAAACCCGCUGGUGGUCAACCACAAACAGGACAGCAGUUGCCUGGAAGUCGUCCAGGUUCGCCAACCGGAACUGGUCCUGCCAGUCAGCCAGGACAAACCAGUAGUACUCUGAAACCGACAACAACCACUGUUCGCGGACCUCAGGGAAGCUCCACCGACGGAAAGCCGCAGGUUUCCACAUUGAACAUUGGCAGCUUGAACCCCGGUAGCAGAACAGGUUCACCAACGUCUAACCCUGGGUCCAACCCUCAAAGCAGACCUGGCUCACCUACGUCCACAUCCGGAGGUAACACACCUACAGGUGGUAAAAGUUGGGCGGAUAUUGCAGCCACAAAUAGCAAACCCGGUUCCCCGACAUCUUCAAGACCUGGUUCACCGCAAGGUGGACAAAACUCAUACCCUGGUCAGGGUGGUAGCACUACACCAGGCCAAUCUCGACCAUCUCAAAUUCCGAUUCAGCCUUACGGACAACCAGGACAUCAAGGUGCUCAGCAGCCGGGACGAACUGGACCUUCAACCGGUGGAGCAAUUGCUGCCGGAGCCGUAGGUGGUGCUGUGGCUGCCACAACAUUCUCGAGCAAUCCAACGUACAGCAAGGGAAACACAGUGACUGACGAAGAUCUGAUCAAGUUGGCCGAAUCGUUAUUCAUUAAGGAUGUGAACAAUGCCAACAGAUACAUCACACUGAAUCUCCAGAAACGGACGACUGGCAACAAUCUCGCCGACGAGGCACCGCAACCGUUGCUGAGCGUCAAGUCCGAGGCUUUACAAAUCCCUACGAUCCAAAAGGUCCUCGCUCUCUACAACAAUUACGAACACGAUGUUCGUACGAAUGAAUACGUGAGCCCGGCAGAACGAGCCGAAGAAAGUUUAUUGGUGGACACAUUUUUGAGUACAAACGUAAUGUCGGCUGCGAUGCGAUUUCUAGCAGACAAGGGAUUCGUUCGCAAGGACUACUACGAGUACAAAGAUACCUUGCGAAGAUUGUGGUUUAAUCUUUACUCUCGUGGAGAGGGUAAGAUUGGAAGCUCCGGUUUCGAGCAUGUCUUCUUAUCAGAAUCGAAACUAGGUACCGAAUUGAUCGGGUUACACAACUGGAUUUACUACAACGCUGAGGAAGUUGCUAACCGUGCUAAUUACUUGGGCUACAUCAAGAAGGUGGACCUUGGAGACAAAGCUUCGAUAGUGAAGUUUCACACGAAACUAAACGGCUUGGACAAGCCAGUUACGAGUAUGUUCAUCGGGACUUCACCGGAACUGGAAAUGGCUCUCUACACGGUUUGCUUUUUUGUCAGGCCUGACACUUCGUGUCCAGUUUCACUGGGAGGCACGCCAUUCAACAUCAUUACGCACAAGUUCAAAUACAGAGGCAAAGAGUUGAUCGGAUCUGCCAACCCUGAGAUUUAAGAAUCUACGUUAAUAUUUAAGUCGAAUCCCUUAACUCUUUAUUGGUCCAACAACUUUGUGCUAAUCUAUCGUAAUAACUCAAGUAAGAAUCUCAACUCUAAAUAAUCUCAUCAUAACUUCCGUUAUACUGUAAGACAACGAAGAAAUUUAUCCAGCGAGGAUGGUUCUUAGCUUUUCACGAAUCAUGAAUACCUAUAAAGUGUAAAUCAAGCCUGCGCUUAUUCUACAUAUAUUUUGUUUUUAUUUGUAACACAAACAAUUACAAAGUUUAUCAUGACUUUUAUAGAAUGAAUGUGACACAUCAAAUGACAUUUCGGAAGUAAUCCGCGAACCUUCUUCUUCCUUCUUUCGAAAUUGUACUUUUAAGGAACCUGUUACGUAAUUAAACGAACCCUUCACGAAAA